UUAAAACAAGAAGGAGAAGAAGAACUCGAGGAAAAAGAAGUUCAGGAGUUUCAUCUGUCGCUUUCAUUGUAUUUCGCGGAGAUAAAGGUUUGUUCCACGUCUCACCAGAGACCAAAGUAACAGCUCUCUGUGCGGACCAGCGAACUUGCUUGAGACAACAACCAACAAACAAACAACAAAAACUGGAUCGGUUCGUUGGGGAACAUGCAUCUGGGACCUGUGCUGGAUUAUGUCUGUAUUGUAACUGAAACCAAAACACACCAGGUUGACCUUUGACUGUUGGAUAGGAUCGUCUUUGAGUCGUUGGGGAACAUGGAUCCUGGACUGCCGUUUAGUUCAGGCUGUAACAUGACUGAAAUGCAGCAGGUUGACCUACUGAGUGUGAUGAUGAAGGAAGAAGAUAUAAAAGAGGAGGAUGGUCAUGUAAUUUCAUGUAAAGAUGAAGAUGAAAAGCCUUUUGUAGAGCUUGACUGUAAAACGGAAACAGACUUUGCAGAGUCCAACACAGCUUAUAAUGAAACACUACAGACAGCAGCGGAGAUUGAAGUAAAGAUUGAAGAGGAUGAGCACAAUGAUCUGCUAGGAAGUAUAUUACAACACCAACCUUUGAUGCAACAGAACCUGCAACAUAAAGGACGUCUCUACCAAUGCACAGUCUGCAGGAAGAGUUUCACAGCCCUGAGUGAACUAGAGGAACACGCGCAAACACACACUGUUGGUUUGAAUCUAAAGCAGAACACUUCCAAAAGGCCUCAUAAAUGUACAGAGUGUGAAAAAGUAUUUACAACACGAACUUGUCUUGAAGUCCAUAUGAGAACGCACACCGGAGAGAGGCCUUAUAAGUGUAUCCAGUGUGGAAAAGCAUUUUCACUAAAUGUAAAUCUUAAAACUCACAUGCUAAUACACACUGGAGAGAAGCCUCAUCGAUGUGCCCAGUGUGAAAAAGCAUUUAUAAAGUCCUCAGACCUUAAACGCCACAUGUUUACACACAAUAUUCAGAAGCCCCAUAACUGUGUCCAGUGCGGAAAAGGUUUUUCACGAAAAUCAAGCCUGAAAAGUCACAUGCUAUUGCACACAGGAGAGAAGUCUCAUCAAUGUGCCCAGUGUGGAAAAGCAUUUAUAAAGUCCUCAGACCUUAAACGCCACAUGCUUACACAUGAUAGGCAGAAGCCCCAUAAAUGUCCCCAGUGUGGAAAAGGUUUUGUGCAAAUUUCAUGUCUUAAAGGCCACAUGCUAAUGCAUACUGGAGAGAAGCCUCAUCAAUGUGCCCAGUGUGGAAAAGCUUUUACACAAUUUACCAGUCUUCAACGCCACAUGCUUACACACACUGGAGAGAAGCCCCAUAACUGUGUCCAGUGCGGAAAAGGUUUUUCAAGAAUUUCAAACCUUAAAAUCCAUAUGGUUCUACAUACAAGAGAGAAGCCUCAUCAAUGUGUCCAGUGUGGAAAAACUUUUAGACAAAUUUCAAAUCUUAAUUUCCAUAUGAUGACGCACACUGGUGAGAAGCCUUAUACAUGUGCCUACUGUGGACAAGCAUUUUCGCACUUUAUGGGGCUCAAAGCCCAUUUGCAAACACACUCUGAAGAGAAGCCUCCAGAAUGUUCCAAAAUCUGACAUCACUUACUGAAGAGAAGCCUCCAGAAUGUUCCAAAUCCAAUGUGACAUCACUUACUGGAGAGGAGCCUCAUGAAUGUUCCAACAGUGACGAUGUGACGACAGUGAAGAAAGAAGAGGAUGAGGAAGAGCAUCAGCUGGAAAGUAAGUCCUCUCAGAGAUUAAUCCCAAGUAUUAGACAAGUAAGGGAUAAUGGACAACACAGCGUUCGGUUCGGUUCACAGAAACAAAUGCACGGUCAAUGUAGUAAAAUGGGCCCGACAUGCAGCAAAGUUUUACACCUUGUAAGUGCAUAAUUUCGGUGAACCAAAUGCCGUGGAGUCCAUUAUCCCGCUUAUUCCACUGUUGCCACUUCGCAUUUCCUGUUAUAAUUUAAUAAUUUUAACCGCUAAAACUGUCUUGUUUGUAGAAAUGACUUCUUUCUGCCACAUAAUUUCUCAACUUGCAGGACAAACUGUCAUUACUAGUUCUAAAUGGAUGGUUGCUAUGGCCAAAGGCCAGUCGUUAGUUCCAUAUCUCCAUAUCUCGUUGUUAAGCGGGCAUAUCCAGGGUGUCCUUGGGGUUUAAAAAAGUAGUAAAAAGUAAAUCAACUUAGCAAAAAUUAAGGCCAUUAAAAGGUAUUGAAAUGUAGUAAUCAUGAAAAAAUCAUUUUACGAGGUAUUACUUUUCGUAAAAAAAAAACAUUUGAAAAUAAUGAAUAUCCAAAUCGCUGCUCCUGGAAUGUGAGCCCCGCCGCAAAAUCUUCACUUGAUCAGUAGGCUAAUGUCACGGGCGAAGUAUUGCACAUAGUUAAAGGAGCGUUUCACCACUGACUCAAGAUGAAUGUGUAUUUAAAUUGGGUCAUUUAUGUAGUAGAAAUGUGACCCUGCAAGGCGAAACCAGUUGCUUUGGUAAAAUUUACAAAAUUAAGUUAUUGUGCUCACAUGAAAGACCACUAACUAAGCUUUCCAACGAUAUGUGUAUCGAGGGUAUUGUAAGAAGUAUCGCUAAGAUAACUGCAUCCAAAGUUGGCAUGGUUCUCCUGUCACGAUACGCCAGAAGAGGAAUAAAAAUCACCCUUUUAAUUAAAUGGUCACGUGCGAUAGUGUGAGGACACAGCUAUUAUUAGCCUUAUGGUAGUGUGACUUUGAAGCGGAUGACUAUGUCCAGUUUUAUCAACUGAGUGAGUGUCUU